GCUCUCGAUGGUUGUCCAAAUUUCUGUCAACAGUCACGACUAUUGGGACGGACUUGUUACUCGCAGGGUUGAUGAAACUCAUCAAGAGACUUGUUGAAUGAUGUUUUUCCACUUAUGUGUACAGGCUGCUGCUGCCAGACAGUCCAUCCCGAUGUCCAAGUACAAAGUCUUUGUGAUGAGGCAUGGAGAAGGAGCCUGGACCAAAGAGAACCGCUUCUGCAGCUGGGUGGACCAGAGGCUGAGUGAGGAUGGGGUCAAGGAGGCUUUGGCGUGCGGUCACCUCCUGAAGGAAGCAGGCUACCAGCUGGAUGUAGUAUUUACCUCCCUGCUCAGCCGAUCCAUCCACACAGCCUGGCUGUUGUUGGAAGCCAUGGGGCAGGAGUGGGUCCCCGUGGUCAGGACGUGGAGACUCAACGAGCGCCAUUAUGGUGCUCUGAUCGGGCUGAAUAGAGCUGAGAUGGCCCUAAACCAUGGUGAGGAGCAGGUGAAACAGUGGAGGAGGAGCUAUGACCUCACGCCGCCCCCUAUCGACGAAUCACACCCUUACUUCCUGGAGAUCUACAAUGACCGCCGGUAUUCUACCUGUGAUGUGUCUAAAGAGUUUCUUCCGAAGUCAGAGAGCCUGAAGGAUGUCUUAGAGAGGCUCCAGCCAUACUGGGACGGCACCAUUGUGCCGGAGAUCAAACGGGGGAAAUUGGUGCUCAUCUCUGGGCACGGGAAUAGCUGCAGGGCCCUGCUGAAACACCUGGAAGGUAUAUCAGAUGCUGAUAUCGUCAAUGUGACGUUACCCACUGGGACACCCAUUCUGAUUGAGCUGGAUGAGAACUUCCGGCCCACCAAACCCAUGCAGCUCCUGGGAGACCAGAAAGCCAUCCAGGCAGCCAUCAGGAAGGUGGAGAACCAGGAAAAGACGGAGCGGCCGCUGUCCUCGUAGAUGAGAUCUGCCCACUCGGGUUCAUAUUAGAGACUUGGUCUCCGAUGAGCGCCCGAGGCUGCUUCCUGUGUUCUUCCUCCUACAGCUGUAAGACAUCACCCACGCCUAUGGUCUCCCAGACAGACCAACCAAGAUGUCAGAUCCGCCAUGUCUCCAUUCUCAGAACUGCCUGAGACCCCCAGCAUCCGCAACAUCAAGACCAUGUGGGAGAAAGGCAACGGUGUGGGGGCCACAGAAUGCCCCAAAGCUAUGAAUAAGUUCUGCAGUUUUCCUCCUCUUGGUCUUCCACUUCAACUUUCCUGUUCUGUCUUCUGCUUCAUUUGAACUGUGGGACAGGACCUGAAACCAGUGAUUGUCGGCAACAAGCGCAGCCUAUGAGGGAAAAAAGGGCUCCUCCCCUUCUAAGGAGACAGUUGGAGUCAAGAGCAAAUCUGUCACAAAUGGUGUUGGAUGUUAACAAUAUAAGAGGAAAACCCCUCAGGAAGAAGCCCCAACUGACAAAAUGCAAGACUCUACUAUGUGUAUUCAUAACACAAAAUAUCUCCAUAACAACCACACACAUAAUUUCUCCAUAACAACCACAGGGUUCACGUUAUGUUUUAGGGGGAGGGAGUACAGGUUAUUCAUUUUGGUUGGUAUUCAGAGUUGAGAUCCUCACGUUUAACUCUUACAUUUGUGUAAAUCAUUCAUUGAUGUCAAUGGGAGACAUGCGCCAAAAUUUGAAUACCAUCUCAAAAUACAUAUUAGUACUGUAUUUAAAGCCCUUUAUAUUAUUUUAGAUUCUUGAUGAAACGGUGUUUGCACAAUCCCUUGUACGUCCUAAUAGAAUCAAUGCUGUGAAAAUGACAUUUGAUCAACCACAUUUGUAGGAAAUAAACGUAUGUUUGUAAUGAAAGAUAUUUUAACCACACCCGUUUGGGCUUGAC